UACCGUACCAAUAUAAAACACAAGCUUCACUCUCUGUGGGGUAACAAAAACUACAAACCAAUAUUUUUCGUUGUUGUAACUAUCAUAAUAACAUGUCCUUCUUCUUUCAAAACAAAUCUUGAACAAACAAAUUCUUCAACCAUGGAAAGUACUGAUUCAUCCACCGGUUCGCAACAACCGAAUCUCCCGCCUGGAUUCCGAUUCCACCCCACCGAUGAAGAGCUUGUUGUUCAUUACCUCAAGAAAAAAGCAGCUUCAGCUCCUUUGCCUGUAGCCAUCAUCGCUGAAGUUGAUCUCUACAAGUUCGAUCCAUGGGAGCUACCAGCUAAGGCAACGUUCGGAGAGCAAGAGUGGUAUUUCUUUAGUCCAAGGGACAGGAAGUAUCCUAAUGGUGCUAGGCCAAACAGGGCUGCUACAUCUGGUUAUUGGAAGGCAACUGGUACUGAUAAGCCCGUUUUGACUUCAGGUGGAACACAAAAAGUUGGUGUGAAAAAAGCUUUGGUUUUCUAUGGUGGAAAACCACCAAGAGGGAUUAAAACCAAUUGGAUCAUGCAUGAGUAUAGGCUUGCUGAUAAUAAGCCUAAUAAUAGGCCUCCUGGUUGUGACUUGGGCAACAAGAAAAACUCUCUAAGGCUUGAUGAUUGGGUGUUAUGCCGAAUCUACAAGAAAAGCAACACACAUUGGUCACCUGUGGAACAUGAUAGAGAAGAUUCAAUGGAUGAUAUGAUAGGAGGAGUACCUCCAUCAAUAAACGUGGGACAAAUGAAUGCAAGGUUUCAUUUUUCAAAGAUGUCAAAUAGCUACAACAAUACAUUGUUGGAAAAUGACCAAAAUUUAUUAGAAGGAAUGAUGCUAAGCAAUAACAACAACAAUAACAAUACCGUUGCUACUUUGUCAUCACAAUUAGGAGGUUCUGCUUCUACUUCCAAUGCUUCUGCUUCAAAAAGAACACUCUCUUCACUUUAUUGGAAUGAUCAUGAAGAUGUUGCAGCUUCUAAUAAAAGGUUCAAUUUGGAAAGUGAUCAUCAUCAUGGAAGUGUUGUGAGAAAUGAUCAAGAAAGCGGAACCGUCGCUACAUCUUUCGCUUCUCUCCUUAAUAAUCUCCCUCAAACACCUAAUUCAUUGCAUCAACAAACAAUGUUGGGAUCAAUAGGUGAUGGUUUACUUAGAACAACACCAUAUCAAAUUCAAGGCAUGAAUUGGUAUGGUUAAAUUAGUUCAAUUAAUUAUGUUAUUGAUGCACAAGGUGGUAUGGUACUAAAUGAAAUCAAGAAUUAAUCUUCACAUGAUGGUGCCUUAACCUUACACACUAUACUCUCUCGAUGGCGUGCCAACUAGAUUGUAAAGAAAUUUUUAAAUGGGGUAUUGAGAUUUUGGUUGUUAGGAAUUUGGAAGAAAGUUAGAGUUUUAAUCAAUUAGAUUGGUCUCAAACUUCUUCAAGCCAUUGGAAACAGUUGCAUCAUGCAGGUGAGGCCAUAUGGAUAUUUUUAGUUAAAUUUUAAUAUAGCUUUAUACAUAUAUAUAGAUAUAGAUAUAGAUAGUGUUGCUUGUUUUUAAUUUUAUUUAUAUAAAAUAAAAAAAAUGUUGGUAGCUCUUUCAUAUGUACAAAUUGUUUAAAAGGGAGGAAAAAGAUUCAGAGAGAGAGAAUCAUUAGUUAUGUUUUUAUAUUUUUAUUAUAAUUAUACAUUGAUUUAGGAUACAUUUGUAUAUAUGGAUCAUAUACUUUAGAACAAGAUCUACUGAUGAUGCAAGAAUUUUAAUUAAAAAGCAAUAGUGAUCACUAUGGUUUGUCAA